AUGUCGGAUUUUUCUAGAUACAUUCUGGUCGCAUUAAACGUCGCCAUCCUAAUCUUCGGAGUGUACCACAUUUAUUUUGCCCGGGACGCGAGCGACCGGGCGGCCGUAAACCCGUGCCUGCGGCCGAGCGCCGCCACCGUGCAGGCCGCAGGCGUCGUCGGCGUGGUGGUGGCGGCCGUCGGGAUCGUCGGCUCGUGCUUCCGUCUGAAGGCCCUGCAGUCGGUCUACCUUUGGGCGGUGCUGAUGUGGACGGCGGCGGCCGCCGCCUUCUGCGUUUUCAUCUGGGCGAUGAUGCCGUGGACGACGGCGGAGAUGACGUACUACAAGAUCGCGGAGCGCGGGGUCUGGCUGGCGGAGUACCGUCCGGCGCUGAGGAAGGUGGUGGCCAACGAUAAGGACAUGUUUGCCGUGAAGACGUGUUUUAAGGAGAUUGAUACGUGCCGGACCAUGGCUAACCAAACAGAGACCCAAAAAGAUGUUUUCAUUGACUUUGGUUGCUGCAGCCCUCCAAAUCGGUGCGGUUUGCUGCAAGACCACACGGGUCGUUGGGUUGUGGCUUCGUACGGGCUCAACUCCACGGACGACGAGUGCCAAAUGUGGGCCAAAUUGGGUGGGGAGUGCUUCGAAUGCGACUCGUGCAAGGCGGGCUACUUGAGUAAUUAUCAGAGGCAAUGGGACAAUAACGCGAACACAAGGGUGAAGUUAAUUCUCGUGCUAGUUGCUACGUCGGCCUUUGCCUACUACAUUUUCAUCCACGAGCCUUAUAGGGAAGAUACUAAGGAUCGAAAGCACGGGAAGUUCAUUAGCACUAAUGUUUAA